GUCGGGUUGAAGGAGCUUCAAGGUAGAAUCGAACAAUGGUGGCAGCUAUAGAGAAGGUCUCAAUACCAGCACUCGCUGUGGGUGAAGCACCCCAUUGGGACAUAGCCACUCAGUCCUUGUACCUUGUGGACGUUAUGGGAUCGGCCAUCGUGCGCUAUGACUUGGCAUCUGAUCAAGCAUUCGUCGCAAAACUGGAUGUCCCAGCUAUAUCUUUCAUAAUACCUGUUGCUGGUUCCAAUGAGAAGUUCGUCAUUGGGUCUGGUCAUAAUAUUUGCCUUAUCGAUUGGGAUGGCUGUUCUGAUAAAAUCGAUUCAAUGGAAGUUCUUUGCGAGAUAACCGACCAGCCGGAAACCAAUGUAGUUAAUGAUGCAAAGUGUGACGCCAUUGGACGACUAUGGUUCGGGACUUACAACACUACUGUGAUUUUCGCCGGAGAUGAAGUAGCGGCCUCUGCCAAGUUAUACAGUUAUUCCAAAGAAGAAGGGUGUAGAGUUCAGGCUUCUAAUAUGAAAGUCAGUAACGGAUUGACCUGGGAUCCCGAAUGGAAUACAUUAUACCAUAUUGACACUCUCACAUAUUCAAUUUGUCGAUUUGAUUACAAUAAGGAUGGUAGCAUUGAAAAUCAUGAACCGGUGUUCACUAUGGAAGAUAAAAAUAUUCAAUCCGGCUUCCCUGAUGGAAUGACGAUUGAUAAGGAAGGAAAACUUUGGGUUGCUUUGUUUGGAAAAUCUGAGGUGGCCUGUAUUGAUCCAUCGAAUGGAGAGAUUUUGGAAAAAAUUCCUAUCCCUGCCUGCCAUGUAACCUCUGUAGCUUGGGGAGGUCCCAACCUUGAAGAUUUGUACGUGACUACUGGAAAUUUGCGGCCUGAAGGAGCAAAAUUGCCUGGAAUGGCAGAAAGCAGUCCAGAGAAUGAUGGUUGCACAUUUAAAAUUACUGGUCUGUCAACUUCAGGAUUGCCAAUGAACCGCUUCAAGUUAUAGAUGGUUUAAUUAUUUUCAGGUAGAAUCAACAUUGAAGGAAUUUAUAGAAUAG